AUGUCCACCUACGAAGGUAAGAGUUCCUCUUCCCACGAUAGGAUGCGGAAUGUGAGAGCGCGUCCUAAACUACUCCAUCCACCAGUUGAGCACGGGACUGAGGAUCCUGCUGCGAACACCUCUCCCCCUCGUUCUCGCCGACCCGACACUUCGUCCUUCUUCUCUACCCUCGACGAGAUCAGUGCCGGCUCCGACCAGCGUAACCGUCCCCAUGCUGUCCCCACUCCUACCGAUGUCAGCACCGCCUUUUUCCAGCUCGCCCAGGUUUUCAGAGAGAUGCGCCGCCACGCGGAUGAGUUGGACGAGCAAGACGAGACCGACAGUGGCAUGGCUCAUGAUCUUCUCGAAAGCAUGAUCGAAAACCUGGUCAAUGGCGGCGAAAUGCCACCGCGUGAGGUUGAGGGCGUGAGCGACGAAUUCUGCGAUAGUGAGUAUCAUUCGGGUCCCCCCGUUGUAGUGUUGCAAUUAACCAGACGCAUCAUCCCUUUAGUGCUGGAUCGGGUUCCCAAGUCUGCUCUCAAGCCUGAUCAGAUUUGCCCAAUUUGCAACAACCCUUUCCUUGAUGACGAGUACCCUCUUGUCGUUCGACUGCCCUGCCACCCAGAUCACAUCUUCGAUCUCGAGUGCGUCCGUCCAUGGUUGCGACUGCGCGGUACUUGCCCUCUUGACCGCUUCGAUUUCGCCCAGCAGCACCGUGACCGGGCCCAGGUACGCGAGCAGCUUGUGGCCGAGGAUGACGAGGAGGAGUGGGAUGGUAUGUACGGUUGA